CCCCAGCCUUUGUUCCUCCUCGUCCUCCUUAUAAACGCCGAUCAGCCGACCCUCCUCUCAUUCCCUCCAGGUCACUAACAUGGACUUCUCUGCGCUGCUGCUGCUGCUGCUGUUGCUGCUCGCUCUGACCAGAACUGUGUCUCUGCAGGCGGCAGGGUCGUGUCCGGAGAGGAUCCUGGGCGAGGAGCGGCGGCGGACGUGUCCUCGGACCUGCAAGGCCGACCAGGACUGCGGCAGCAAACGUCAGUGUUUGUGCGACGGCCAGUGUGGUCUCAGCUGUGUGGCACCAGGUCGGACGUGUCCGUGGCCUCUUCCCCAGAGUGAGCGCUCUGAAGCCCGCCUCCUCUCUCCCACUCACUCCUUCUCGGCGCUGCUGGAGGUUCGCUGUAAGCCCGGCUUCACGCUGCCCAGCGGCCUGGACGCCACCAUCCGCCGUUGUCAGGGCGACCGGCAGUGGAGCGGGGACGAGCCCAUCUGCACAGAGUCUCCGUUGGCUGCAGCUCCGACCUGCCCGCUGCCCCAGGAAGUGACCAACACCUUCAGCAUCGAGGGCGCCGCCGUCGCCGGAACCUCCAUCCGCUACAGCUGCCUGUCCGGGGCUGAGAUAGUUGGGAGCAGCGAGAACUUCUGUCAGGAGAACCAGACCUGGCAGUAUCCUCACCCCAUCUGCAAGAAAGUCUUCUGCCAGCCUCCUGAAGAGGUGGAGCGGGGCUACGUGGUGGCCGUCCAGAAGACCGAGUAUGAAGUCGGCUUCGACAUCCACUACCUGUGCAAGAAGAACUUCCUGCUGGAUGGACCUCAGAAGAUCACCUGCAUGUCCAACGGCAGCUGGAGCGCAGCGCCACCACAUUGCAGAGCUCGCUGCCUCAUCCCCGCUGAGCGGAGCCGUGUGGUGAUUGGUGGAGUGAAGCGCUGGCCGUUUGAUGUCACCGACGCCAUGGUUCCUCACGGCGAGAACGUCACGCUCUUCUGCAAACAUCCUCAGAAGCAGUGCAGCUUCGGCGCCGCUGAGAUCUGCUUCGACGGGAAUCUGCAGCCUCCAGCGUGCUACCUCGAGCCCACAUGGCUGCAGUACAAACUCUUCCCUCACCGGCUGGUCUCAGAAAUCGAGGCGUGUGAAGCCGGAGACGUGGAGUGAAGACCUGAACCUCCCUGACGCUGAGUCACAACACGAACACUUCCAGCUGAUCUGCAGCUUCGACCCUCCUCAUUCUGGUCCGUCAGAGCUGAACCCUCCCCUCGGCUCUCCCGGACCGGCUGUUUAAACGCUGCUGCUGUUGGCUUUACUUCGUCCUGCACACUAUCAAGCUGCAGGUUUAACUAUAAUCUGUAUUACCUUGAUCCUCCUCCAGCUUGAGCCGAUGUAGCUGCAGCCUCCACCAUGGAGUAUGUGGAAUGUAUUAGUAGAUGCUGUAGCAGUUAUUCAUGUAUUCAUACCCACUGCACUCUGUGAUGUUUCACUGUGAUCUUCUUCUGUCGACGCGCCAAGUCUCCAGGCUUGUAAGUUUUAAUGAUGUGAGCGAGUUGAAAUAAAAUAAUGUCAGAAAGA